AUGCUGGAGCCGCGCCCGGUUGCCGAUACACUUGCUUUGUUCUUUACCAUGGCCUUGUGCCCCCAUGUUGCAAUUUUGGUCAUCGACGGGGAGUCCUUUCGUGAGCCAAUCUUGCACAACCAAGGAUGUGGGACCAGGACUCUGCUGCAGGCCAUUGCACAGAGCGGUUACAUCUCGCAAGACGCAGCAUCACGAACCGGGCUGCCGCCAACUCCUUGUAGUGGCUCCGUCGUUCCAUCCUCAGGGUCAUUCCGCCCAUCUCCCUCCCAGUGGCCGGCUUCAUCCGGCGCAGCGGAACCACAGAGUUCCUUGGGCGCAGCGGAGUCAGCCUCCAGCCUCCCCGUCCCUACUACGGAAAGUGACGGACACCCACAAAGUGGUGUCCUCGUCGCGUGCUCAGGACCAUUCACCCCAGCCACGCCCACGUUGCACCAUGACUCCCUCAGCUUCGAGCGAUGGCGGCGAUCCCACUGCGCGCCGACCCCCGAAGCGCGGUCCAUUUCUUCUGCCUGGCCCGUACCCGCCUCGAACAGAGAGCAGUCGGUACAUGUCAAGAUAGAAGGAAGCAGCGCCUGGAGACCGGCGCCGACCCCUCGUCCUGCUGAGUCUACAGCGGGGGUGCGGAUGCAGACCGAGUCUACCCAGAGACUUCCAGGCCUCCCUUCUCUGCCAGCCCGCCGCAGAGACCUCACAUACAGCGCGCCGUGCGUGCUCCAAGCCUCACCGGUUCUCGCCCCGCAGGCAGGAAGGUCGAGCCCGGAGCCGAGCACGACACUGUCCGAGGCCUUCCAGCUAAUGACCCUCCGGGAGGAUCACUUGCCCGCAGACGUCCGCAUCGCCACGCUGGCGUGGGAAGGUCACGACACGACUCUGGAGCCGAUGGAGCUUCACGGCGGUGUGGACGACGAGCCGCCAGUGACGGUUCUCGUGGGACGGCAGGCGCCGAACAUCCUGCAGCCGAGCUUUGCGCUGGAGCUGAGCCUGGCGCACAAGUUCCGCGUCUUCUUCGACGUCGCGAGCGACUACGGCCUCGCGUACAACGAGGGCGACGCUGGGCUGACCCUCGUGCCCCUGGAGAAGGAAGCACGUGGCGACAUGGUCACCCACAGCUGCAAGCUGGAGCGCGACGGCCUCCAGCCCAUCUCGACGGGAGUCUGGCGGAUAGACCCGGACCGACACGGAGACGAGCCCCGACCGGCGUCCGUCGAGUUCCUUUUGAGGCCGCAGGGAUUCGAGAUCAGGAUUGCGAGUGCACCUGUCGCGGCCGGAACCAAGCAUGCCAGGUCCGACAGCCCUGGCCCAAGCAGAGCUGGUGUUCCGGGAGGACAGGUAUCCCAACUGAGACUGCACAAGAAGCCAGAGAACCCCAUGAUCAUGGAACCCUCGACGCAGAUAACCAUCGUGUCUGGUACGGGUAAGUCCCAUACGAUCACCAACCGCACAUUUGUCCUGGGACCAGCGGGAGAAAGGGUGGUUUUCAAGGGCACUCACUCCAAGUAUCCUGGACUGGUGGCUGUCAAGGUCAUCAAAGCGGAAAAGCAUGAUAUCCGGGAAGUAAUGAGGCUGGCGGACGACUGGGAGAGGGAAGUGCAUUUCCUCAAUGAAGUCCGCCAUCCUUCGAUUGUCCGAUUCUGGGAAGCUGACCCUCGCUUCUUCGCCAUGGUCAUGGAGUACUACUCCACUCCUGACCUUGCUGCCAUCUGCACCGACCCCGGCUACUACUGCCCAUUGUCACUGAAAGACGCAACGCGGGUCGUGCGGGAGAUGGCCUCAGCCCUGGACUACCUCGCGAGCAAGAAUAUACUGCACAACGACAUCAAGCCCGGUAACAUCUUGUUCGACCGAAAGCGUGGCGCAGUCUUGAUUGACUUUGGACUGGCCACCUAUGUGAAUGAGAACAAUCUCGCUGGUGGGACAUGGCCGUAUAUUCCCCCAGAAGCAGAGAAGACGAAGCCGUUCCGGGGCCCAGAAGGCGAGAUCUACUCGCUGGGCGUCACCGCUCUGUAUCUCAUGCGCAAGGUGCCGCUGCCGGAGAGAACCAUGCCCCGCUGGCCCAUGUUCGACAACAGCCCGGAAUAUCAGGAGUGGAGGUCGUGCAUCAAAAAAGCCCAAAAGGAGCUUCGCGGCAAAUUGGGAGGCAUCGUGAAGCGGAUGCUUCCCGAGCAGCCUGCAGAACGGAUCACGGCGUGUCAGAUCAUGGAGGCGCUCGGAGACGCUGGGUCAAUGUAG